AUGGUCAACAUCCCGAAGACUCGCAGGACCUACUGCAAGGGCAAGACAUGCAAGAAGCACACCCCUCAUAAGGUGACACAAUACAAGAAGGGCAAGGAUUCCCUUUUCGCCCAGGGAAAGCGCCGCUACGAUCGCAAGCAGUCGGGUUAUGGUGGUCAGACAAAGCCUGUCUUCCACAAGAAGGCUAAGACAACGAAGAAGGUCGUACUACGGUUGGAAUGCACAGUGUGCAAGUACAAAAUGCAAAUUUCCCUGAAGCGAUGCAAACAUUUCGAGCUCGGUGGCGAGAAGAAGACCAAGGGUGCUGCCCUCCAAUUCUGA